AUGGUGUCAGAAGACCCUUUGAGCGAGUACGAGCCAAAGUCGUGGUGGGAUGAUCAGAAAACAUCGUGGUCUCAUAGAGCGCUCUCCAAGUUUCUCAAAAUCAACGGACCAAUCCCAGCACAUGUGGCCGUUGUGAUGGACGGAAAUCGACGUUUUGCACGAGAAAAUCGACUAGAAUCAAUAGUUCGUGGUCAUGAACGUGGUUUUGUUCAACUUCAGAAGGUCUUGUGCUGGUGCAGUGAUCUCGGCAUUCGUGAAUUGACUGUUUAUGCAUUCUCGAUUGAGAAUUUCAAGCGAAGCUCUGAAGAAGUCGAAGGACUGAUGAGAUUGGCGGAAGAACAGUUUAAAAAACUUCUACAAGAAAAAGAAAAACUCGAAGAGAAGCAAGUGUGUUUUCGUUUUUGGGGACGUCUCGAGCUGUUGCGGCCUCAGUUGAGAAAGCUGAUUGUUGAAGUUGAAAGGCUCACGGCCGGAUAUACAAAGUCUUGCCUAAAUAUUUGUAUGCCGUACACUGCAAAAGACGAAGCAGUACGAGCCGCAGAAGUGAUGAGGUUAGCAGCACAAGAAGGUCUCGUAGACGAUCAACAAGUAAGCUUAUCCUUACUUCGAGAAUGCAUGGAUUCAAGACGAUCAAAAGAUCCCGAUCUAAUCAUCCGAACGAGCGGUGAAUACAGAUGGUCCGAUUUUAUGCUAAUUCAGGGCUCCUAUACCCACGUUUACUUUGUCGAUGUGCUGUGGCCAGAAUUCGAGCAUCGACAUCUUUGUCAAGCAAUUUUUGAUUAUCAACGUCAUUAUAAAAGUAUAAAAGCACUACCCCGAUCUGAGGCACCUGGUGAAGAACUAUCGGAGGAAUUGAAAACGUUCAUUUCAAAUUAUCAUCGACAGCGGUAUGAAAAUCUAGUCACUAUC